AGGCGCAUUUCCGCCCAUCCCGCAGCGGCGGCGGCGGCGGCGGUGGCGGCGGUGGCGGCUGGGGCGAGGGGAAUGGUCCCCGGGUCGGAGGGCCCGGCCCGCGCCGGGGGCCUCGUGGCUGACGUGGUGUUUGUGAUUGAGGGCACGGCCAACCUGGGGCCUUACUUUGAAGGGCUGCGCAAGCACUACCUGCUUCCGGCCAUCGAGUAUUUUAAUGGUGGUCCUCCUGCCGAGACGGACUUCGGGGGCGACUAUGGGGGGACCCAGUACAGCCUCGUGGUGUUCAACACGGUGGACUGCGCUCCUGAGUCCUACGUACAGUGUCAUGCUCCCACCAGCAGCGCCUAUGAGUUUGUCACCUGGCUCGAUGGCAUUAAGUUCAUGGGCGGGGGCGGCGAGAGCUGCAGCCUCAUUGCAGAAGGCCUCAGCACGGCCCUGCAGCUCUUCGAUGACUUCAAGAAGAUGCGGGAGCAGAUCGGCCAGACACAUCGCGUCUGCCUCCUUAUCUGUAAUUCGCCCCCAUACCUGCUCCCGGCCGUCGAGAGCACCACGUACUCUGGGUACACGACGGAGAGUCUCGUGCAGAAGAUAGGGGAGCAAGGGAUCCACUUCUCCAUAGUGUCUCCCCGGAAGCUGCCUGCCCUGAGGCUGCUGUUCGAGAAGGCAGCUCCCCCUGCCUUGCUGGAGCCGCUGCAGCCGCCAACAGACGUGAGCCAGGACCCCCGGCACAUGGUGCUGGUGCGGGGGCUCGUGCUGCCGGUUGGGGGUGGUUCGGCCCCAGGCCCCCUCCAGCCAAAGCAGCCUGUCCCCCUGCCUCCAGCUGCACCCUCGGGCGCCUCGCUCUCAGCAGCCCCCCAGCAGCCUCUUCCCCCUGUCCCCCAGCAGUAUCAGGUCCCUGGGAACCUGAGUGCAGCUCAGGUGGCGGCCCAGAAUGCAGUGGAAGCCGCCAAGAACCAGAAGGCGGGGCUGGGCCCACGCUUCUCACCCAUUAACCCUCUGCAAGCCGCUCCAGGAGUGGGUCCCCCCUUCAGCCAGGCCCCGGCCCCUCCUCUGCCGCCGGGGCCCCCUGGCGCCCCCAAGCCACCCCCUGCUUCGCAGCCCAGCCUGGUCUCCACCGUGGCUCCUGGCCCAGGCCUGGCCCCCCCUGCACAACCUGGGGCACCGUCCAUGGCGGGCUCGGUGGCCCCUGGCGGGGUGAGCGGCCCUUCCCCGGCCCAGCUCGGGGCCCCGGCCCUUGGGGGGCAGCAGUCGGUCUCCAACAAACUCCUGGCCUGGAGCGGGGUCCUCGAGUGGCAGGAGAAGCCCAAACCUGCCUCCGUGGACGCCAACACCAAACUGACCCGGUCACUGCCGUGCCAGGUCUACGUGAAUCACGGCGAGAACUUGAAGACGGAGCAGUGGCCCCAGAAGCUGAUCAUGCAGCUUAUCCCGCAGCAGCUGCUGACCACCCUGGGCCCUUUGUUCCGGAACUCGAGGAUGGUGCAGUUCCACUUCACCAACAAGGACCUGGAGUCCCUGAAAGGCCUCUACCGCAUCAUGGGCAACGGCUUUGCCGGCUGCGUGCACUUCCCCCACACGGCCCCCUGCGAGGUGCGCGUGCUCAUGCUGCUCUACUCGUCCAAGAAGAAGAUCUUCAUGGGCCUCAUCCCCUACGACCAGAGCGGCUUCGUCAACGGCAUCCGGCAGGUCAUCACCAACCACAAGCAAGUCCAGCAGCAGAAGCUGGAGCAGCAGCGCGGGAUGGGGGCACAGCAGGCACCCCCUGGGCUGGGCCCCAUUCUGGAGGACCAGGCGAGACCCUCACAGAAUCUGCUCCAGCUCCGCCCACCACAGCCCCAGCCUCAGGGCACUAUGGGGGCCUCCGCAGCCUCAGGACAGCCCCAGCCCCAAGGUGCUGCCCAGGCCCCCCCAGGCGCCCCCCAAGGCCCUCCUGGAGCAGCCCCUGGCCCUCCCCCUCCUGGACCCAUCCUCCGGCCUCAGAACCCUGGGGCCAACCCCCAACUGCGGAGUCUCCUCCUCAACCCACCUCCGCCCCAGACUGGGGUGCCUGCACCCCAAGCCUCCCUCCACCACCUCCAGCCACCGGGGGCUUCUGCACUGUUGCCCCCACCACACCAGGGUCUGGGGCAACCCCAGCUGGGGCCCCCCCUCCUGCACCCACCGCCUGCCCAGUCCUGGCCCACACAGCUUCCCCCGAGAGCUCCACUGCCAGUGGCAAAACGAAAGAGAGACCGAGAGGGCCACGUGUUUCGAGAAAAAUGGGAGCGAGCGUAUUUCUUUGUGGAAGUGAAGAGCAUGCCUAUGUGUUUAAUAUGCAAAAAAAUCGUAUCUGUGUUGAAAGAGUACAACCUGAGACGUCAUUACGAAUCAAAGCACAGUAAGAGCUUCGACCAGUACACAGAACAGAUGCGAGACGCGAUCCUCAGUGAGCUGAAAAAGGGCCUCAAGGGUCAGUAGGGUUUGCUCCGGGAAGGACGCAGGUCCGAGAGGCAGUGUGGCUGCAGAGCGCAGUUCGAGUCUCGAGCACAGCACGGCCCGGGCGCGAAAGCCUCGCAGCGAUGGCGAGUUUGUAAAGGAGCGGGACAGCGGCUCCUGGACGGACGCGCCCGCCCGUUGACACUGUCCCUUCGGCCUGACGGGCGUUUGCACUGCGCCGUGAGUCGAAGAUGAAACCGGAAGAUUUACUAGUCCAGUCGCUUGAAAGAGUCGACUCCGUCGUGGCCUUCUCUGUCGUUGCUCAUGAACUCUGACCACCCAGUUAGCUUUACUUAUUUGUGGUAUGAAGAAUUUGGAUGCGACUGAAGAAGUCUGUGACACGGUGCCCAGGCAGGCCCGACACUGGGAGAUGGGCUAUUUUGGGUGUGUAUUGACAGAAAUACUCACACAGACUGGCGAGAAUUCCUAAGCACAGUCGCAGGCCGUCGUAGCUAACGAUCUGCGUCACAGGCGGCCUUGUCAGGACACCUCCGUCCCAGGAGGCAGCGCUCCGCGAGGACGCAAGUCAACUCGUUGCCUCGAUCGCCAGGAGUUGAAUUGUGUUCAGAAGGAACACAGAACACACCGCGGACGUCCUCGGCACGCUCCUGCGCUUCAACCACGGGCAGGUGGACAGUGACCUUGACCCAAUGUUAUUUGACAGAAGCUCUGUGACCUGGUCAUCACGUGAUGGUGUGGAAGGGAUCCGCAUUGUUGAAAUCUGUCGACUUGGUUCAUCUGCAAUGAGACAGAAGCCACACCUGGUUCCCCUGAGAAGGUCGGUCAAAGACUUUUGGUCGAGGCUACAACCCCCCACCCCCACCCUCCGAACACUAGUUCUCUGCAAAGAC